AUGGCAUCUUCUAUGGACAUUUCCAUUACUGAUCAGUACAAGAGUAUUCAAAUUCGGCUGUUUAGUGUAGGCGGGGCGAUUCUAUUCAGUUUUGGCAUUAUUGGCAACCUUUUGAAUUGCAUUAUAUUUAUAAAACGAACGAUGCGACAAAAUCCCAGCUCGAUAUAUUUUACAGCGGUCGCCUGUAUCAACUUGCUUGUCCUAGUGAGCGUUCUUUUACCGAUUAUUAUACUGUACGCAUCGAAUUCUCAUUUUACAACUCAAACUAUUCUACGUUGUAAAGUAGGUUAUUAUGUGGCAACGACAUUUCUUAUGUUAUCUAGAUAUUACUUAGUUUUGACUGCUAUUGAUCGAGUACUUAUCACAUCAUCAAAUGCAUUGGUACGACAACUAAGUACUCGUCGUUUGGCCUAUCGAUCUAUUGCUGGAGUAACCCUUUUCAUUCUACUCUAUCAUAUUUAUUUAUUAGCGAUAAUUCGUAUUGUUCAAUUGUCCCCUGGUUAUGACAUAUGUUUCACUGAUUCGGAUUUUUUCACCAGUUAUAUUUUCUACAGUAAUCUGAUAAUUGGUUUUCUGAUUCCACUUUUGAUUUCGGCUUUGUUGACUAUUGUGACAUUGAAAAAUAUUCGCCGAGCACGUAUUAGACCGAUGAAUGGCAUAUCAGUUGUAACGAGCGUUCGACGAGGAAAAGAUCGGCAAUUUAUCGGCAUGGGUUUGUCGGAGAUCGUUGUCUAUAUUAUUUUUAAUUCACCGACACCAAUUCGAAAUGUUUACCAGGAAAUAUGCGCGUCUCGCGGUGAAAGUGCUGAAGAACAAGCGUUCGAUUUAUUUCUUCAGAACGUAUUCUACAUCAUCGUAUUUAUAAUUCCAGCGAUGAAUUUUUAUAUUUAUCUGAUCGUAUCAAAGGCCUAUCGUAAGAAAGUUAUUCGUUUGUUUGACGAAUUUUAA